AAUCUAUUGCUUUAAGCUGCAGCAGCUGUGGCUGCUGGCUCCGCCCACCUCAGCUUCCCAACAUGGCGUGGUACUUUACCAUCAGCUCUGGGAGCUAUCGUGGGUCUAUGCUUUUAUCCAAGCAGCGUGUAGCCCAGAAACCUCUUUUUUUGUUUUGUACUAGCAAAGGCUAAAUCCACAAUGUAGCUUAAUGUGCCACUUGCAGAGGCCUCAUUCCCGCCAUACUGCAGGUCGAGCACGUACGCCAGCAACCCGCCAGUAGCUCAAACCGGCAGCUGCCGCUCAUUUGAGAGAGACAAUUAGGAAGCUGUUUUUAGCUCCGUUUUAGAAUCUUUUUUUUUCUCAGGUUUUAGGUGGAAACUCUUGCCACCACGUUGGACGCCAUUUGUUGCUAGAGUUUUCCUGCCUGGCCCACAGUCAGGACAAAUCUCUCUCACCCACCAGUCCCAAGCCGCUUAAACCCGAUCAAAUAAACACAGAGACUUAUAUUGGUUUCAAACUGUAUGGCCGUGGCAGGCUUCUUGCUAACUGUUCUUACAGCUUAAAUUAAUCCAUUUCUAUUAAUCUAUACCUUGCCACGUGGCUUGUGGCUUACCGGUACUUUACAUCUUCCUUAUCCUGAUGGCGGCUGGCAGUGUCUCCCCUCCCAGCUUCCUGUUCUCUCAAUUUUCCUCUCUGUUAGUCCCGCCUAUACUUCCUGCCUGGCCACUGCCAAUCAGUGAUUUAUUCAUUGACCAAUCAGCAACACAUUUGACAUACAGACCAUCCCACAGCAAUGUCUGGCAGCUCACAACUGCCUGUUACUCUAGUUCCGGGGGGUCUGAUGCCUUCAUCUAACUUCUGAGGACAUCCACACUUACAUGUGCGCAUUCCCCUACCACACACAUCUAAUUUAUGAUAAAUACUAUCAAACUGUAGACAUACAACAAUAUCCUCUCCCAUUUCUCAUUUCAUAGUACAGAAUUCUGAGCCACUGCACAGUCAGAGCCUCAAGGUUUCAGUGUGGUACAAAUACUUAGAUCAGAAACACAGGGACAGGCACCCCGAUUGCAGUCGGUACUCACCACCAAUGUUCUGCUGUUUCCAGUUCCGGUGGCUCGAAGUCCUUUUCAAAGAUAAGGAGAAUAAAGAAGUCACCUCCCCAGCUGUCAUCAUCUGGCAGCAGAUUGAGCAAGACUCUUCUGAGCACUGCAGAGAAGAAGGCAGGGAAGCCGCUAACGGCUGUGUGAAUGCCGGCUCAUCUUGGAAUCAAGUACAACAUUCAAAGACUUCUGCAGGAAAAAGGCAGAGUAGAUCCCACCUGGGAAGCAGCCUCCUUGGCGUCUCCCUGCCUGCAGCAGAUAAACUCAUGGAAACCAUUUCCACGGAGGGAAGACAGGAGCGGACUGUGCUCGGCUCCAGGUACCAGGCUGCCUCUGGAAGCAAGCUGUUCCUUGACUUCCAGUCCAUGAAAAUCAUGAAGGAGGGCGCUGACGAGGACAGUGCAAGUGACCUGUCGGACUCAGAAAGAGUGGCCAUCCCUCCUUCCCCAUUCACUCCUCCUGACCUCAACCUUCGAGCAGAAGAGAUAGACCCGCUUUCCUUCAGUCUUCACCCAGACCCGAGCCAGGCAGAACCUGAACACUGCUACCCUGACUUUCUCCCACCCCCUUUCAACUCCUGGGACCUCCAGGAUAUGGCUGUGGUUCUGAACACAGAGUGUAGGAGUGAGGCCCUGCCUCGGGCCACGGGGUUCCUUGGGAAGUACAUAGACAGACUUCUUCAACUGGAGUGGCUGCAAGUCCAAACUGUGCAGUGUGAGAAGGCCCGAGCCGCCAAGGCGAGGCCCCAUGGGGCCUCUGGGGUGCUGAAAAGCCCUCGGCGGGGUAAGCUCCUCACCAGUGCGCUGUCCAAGCCGUUACUGUCCCCAGAAGGGAUUCCAAAGCCAGGCCCUUCUCGAAAGAAAGGUUUUCACCUUGAAGAAGCUCACCCCUCUUACUAUGCAUUUGAGACUUCACCUAGAUCUGUAGAUGCGCCUGGUCGCCCCAGGCUGUGUUCUCAGAAGCAAGCCCCUGAGUCGAGAAUGGAAAAGAAGAAGAAACCAAGUAAGGGUCCCAAGCUUCACCUCGGUGCUCCACCCUGCGCCGAGGGCAACCCUGCAAUGGAAGCCAAUGGUAACAUCCGAAUUCCCAAGCCGUCCCCAGUGCUUCUGGACCCAGUGGACUCCUGUAGGACCUCCAGAACACAAGCACACUCAGACCUGAAGAAAAAGGGAAAUGCAAAUAACUGUGGUCUCCCCUCUUCAUCCAGUGAGAAAAAGCUCAAAACUGGUGGAGCAAAGCAAGGCACAUAUAAGUUAAAGUGACCGCUGAGGUGAAGAGUCUGAAAAGGGGGCUCGCCCCAAAGUGAUGGUGAAUUUGAAUCCAUUUGCCAUCACUGACUCAAGUAGCCGGCUGACUCUCCAGCUACACCCCCCUUCCCCCGCAACACUUACUUUCGGAGGUCUCAGUAAGGCUCAGUAAGCUGUUCUUGGUAGCCAGUCUUAAGCAUUUGAGGGACCAGUAGGUCAGAGUUAACUCAUGUGUCUAUGACACAGAGGAUUGAAACGGCAGUUCCCCUCAGCCAUUGUAGAACUGGCCCCAGUGUCCCUGUCUCUGGAGGAUGGGAAACAGUGUGUACUGCUUUACGUGAGAGAAACCCUGGAGCCUCACAGAAGAAAGGCCCUGCUGGCUCACUGCUGCCUGGUUUUGCAUAAACCCUCAAGCGGAGUUUCUGCUGCUGAGUCUUUGUCUCAUCUGCUGCCCACCCUCCUCCAGGCCUCAGGUCCACUCCGCUUAGGAUCACAUGAGUUUCUAUCCUGAGUGUCAUUUAUCUGAGCCAGUUCCUUGCCAGAGGCAAAGGCAUCUAGAUUGUCUCUCUGGCGCUUUUUAAAAGGCAUUUUAAGUCCAGGGGUAGUGCUGUAGCCUGUUUCCGAGUUCUCUUAACUGAAGUUAAAAUCACUGGUAGGUUUUCCAGAGGGAAGGUCAGCAGGCCCAACCACGGUUGCUGCUGUCUGGUGAGGCAAGAAAGAAUCGUUCUGGCACCUUAGACCUUUGAGGAACCAAGAGCAUUAUGUGGGAAUACUCAAAUAUAAAUUGUUAAGUUACUGACUAGGGACCCAUAUCCUGUUGUUCUGGGUCAAAGCUCAUAGUCUGUUUCCAUUUGUAGGAGCAGGGUUUUCUAAUCAUGCCUGGGGAGGAGCAGACACAUUUGUUCUCUCUCUCUCUCUCUCUCUUUCUCUCUCUCUCUCUCUCUCUCUCUCUCUCUCUCCCUCCCUCCCUCCCUCCCUCCGUCCCUUCCUCUCUCUCUCUCUGUCUCUGUGUGUGUGUGUGUGUGUGUAUCUGUGUGUCUGGAUACUGUCCCAAGUGUUCUUAUCUGCUUGUGGCUUCCUGGCUCUCACAUGGUCGUCUUUUCGGCUGCGUUUGAGUCUUAUCUGCCCCGGGAGCUUUCCGUCCAUGUGUUUCUGCAAACCCUCCCUUGGCUGCAGCUUCUCAGGCAGUGAAACAGCUAUUGGACUUGUAUGGGGCAUCCAUGAUUCUGUUGUUUUUGUUUUGUUUUGUUUUUUCACCUUUGGGGAAAAGGACCAGGGUAGCUUGUUGCAGUUGGAACUCCCACACAGCCACAGGUACCACAGGUGCCACAGGUGCCACAGGUACCACAUGUAAUAGCAGAAGGGUGAGAAAGGUUAUCCUUAAAAACAGUUGCUAAGGUCAAAAUGUCAGGCUCUUAUGUAAGGCCUGAUGUCAGCCAUAUCGAACAACACACAAGCUUUUUUUUCUCUAGACUUUCUUUCAGGACUUUAUUUUCAGAUUCUUUUUGCACUGUCCUCCUGGAGAAAGCACCUUCUCUCCUGCGUUUUUUGUUGUUGUUGUUUGUUUGUUUUUGGUUGUUGUUUGUUUGUUUUGUUUUGCUAGAGACAGAGUUUCUCUCAGUAACAGCUCUGACUGUCCUGGAACUUGCUUUGCAGACCAGGCUGACCUCAAACUCACAGAGAUCCACCUGUCUCUGUGGCCAAAAUAUGUAUACUUUGCAGGCAGCCCACAGAUGCACUGUCCACACUUGCCCAUUGUGUGCACCUUGUUCUGGGAGAACACUGCCACCCUUCACCCCGCCCCACCCCUGAGUGAGGCCCUGUGUGUCCACUUCCCUACUUCUCGGAGCACAGAUGAUUUUUACCAUAACCAGCACCUCUCUUAUUCCUUCUCUAGAUUUUUAUGCAGAUCUUUAGGAAGCUUCAGGGCCAGUAAGUGGAAGCACGACAUAAUAUACACAUAUGUACUUAUAUGCUCCUUGGAGUAGCACUAACCGACUCCCUUUCCUGUCACAUACCUGUGUGGGUGCUCUUAGAGACCCUGACAUGUGAAAGUGAAGUUUCUUUUCCCUUGUGGAUGUGUGUCUGAGCUGAAACUCACUACUAAGGGAUGUAGAGAUGGUGCCUCAUGCAUCUGUUCCCAGCACACUUAAUGGAAGUUGACUCCUAAUCUGGGGACUAGAAUUCCUGUUCCGUGUCUAGAUAGCCCUAGAAGUCUGAAGGCGUGACUUUGUUUACCUCUUUGCCUGAGUUGAUUGUCCAUGUUAAACAGUAUUAUUGGAUAGGACAGAAGUGCUAUUUUACAAUGCAGUUUGUCACAGUUACAGUGACCGCCGUUAAUCAAGCAUAGCUUUCUCUAUGAUCUCUAAGAACAUACCCCAAGCAGGCAAGUGGAGAGCAUUAAACGCUGAACUGUGAACUCAUUCAUUUCAAGGCCAAACCAGAGAAUCCUGCUACAGUGACAAAUCAGUAUACUUCUGGAAGCACCUCUCAUUUCGGAGAUGUUUGCAUAGCCCUCAGAUCCAGCAAACCCAAGAAGAACGUAAGGAAAACAGUACCUCGGACUUAGUGACACUGUGGGUGGAGAAGGGCCACAAAACACUGUAGGUGUCCACUCAUGCCGUGGCUUUGGACUGUUUCCCAGAUGACCAAAGGGCCGAAGAUCUGUAACUGACUUGAAGGUUAUAGAGUUCCUGGCUGUACCAGACUAUGGGGGAGACAAUAGACAUCACUGGUCUUCACAGAGAAGGAAGGUUUGUUCUGAUCCUUUGUCUUCUUGGGGUCAUGUUCUAGAAGGACCUAAGAUCAGCUUCUUACAUGGCUUACACAUUUUUUUUUUCAUUCAUAUACUUGAACAGUUAAGUAGAAGUCUGAACCUUUGGUGGUACUGUAUUCAAAACAACAGUAUUUAUUGUUUAAUUGUGUAAUGUAGAAGGUCCUGUGUGAAGUGGCCUGAAGAUAUUCAGCAUGUUCAUUUGCUGUUGUAAUGAUGUAUGUUUGGUUUUGUAUGUAGCAAAACAGAACUCAUGUAAGUUUUUGUGGACUUGGACUUUUUCUUCCUUGAGACUAAUUAAACAGAACAAAUAUCUA